CUUCUACCUCGCCGUUGUUUAUUUGAAGUCAACCGACCCGUCACUAUAUCACAGACUUUCUUGCUUUUGACAUCCUACUUCCUGCUUAACAACCACUACCCUCCUCUCAACAACAAGUGUAUGACAGCCCAUCUUCUCCUUCUGUUACUUCUAUAUAUCUGACAACUGAAGUGUCAGCAAUUUUCUCGAUCAUCAUGUCCUACCAACCUACCACCAACGUCGCUUCCGGACUUGAAGGACAGCUCGGCUCAGACAAGAUCACCGAUCACGUCUCGUCCCCAGCUGGACAGCUCCCCGGCGAGUCCUCCACACUGGUUUCACAACCUAGUGUCUGCAACCCUGAGCUCCCAAACACUCGGGAACAACGGAACCAUGAUCGCGACAACGAGCUCGAGAACACACAGAUACCUCUGAACAGCGCAAGUUACGACGCUGACGACGAACAUGUGUCAAACCCUCCCGAUUCGUCAAGCCCACCGUUUACUGCGGAAGACGUCGACCAGGAUGUACAAGAGCCCAUCGGUAACCGAGCCGACGUCCCCCAAACCACCGAGGAGACUCUGCGCAGCCAGGCGAUAGCCUGGAUGGAGGCAGUCUACCAUGAUGCACCCAACGGAACGGCGAUCGCCCCUCCAACUUGGUAUGCCUCCUCUCACAGUACCCCUUCGCGCCCGCGCGUUUGGAUCAAAGACUUUUUCACGGGACAUGUCCGUCCUCGCAGGCUGGUUAAUGACCGCCUUGCGGAGAUGUCCCUCGUGGAAAGGGAGAGGUGGGAAAACCGCCAGAGGAGGAUGAGGGGCGAGCCGGCGGAGUGA